ACAAUGAAGACUGAGCUACUGUCUCCAAAUUCCUGACCCUGCCUGUAGGAUUCUUCUCUCAGAAGUCCUCCCAGGAGCAGAAGGCACUAACAAUGGCCAAAGCACAGGAUUUCAUGGAAGCAGUCCCUUGUCUGGACCUGGGCAAGAAGGUGAGCAUUCCUCAGGACCUCAUGGUGGAAGAGCUGUCUCUCCGUUCUAACAAGGGCUCCCUCCUGUUCCAAAAGAGACAGAAGAGAGUACAGAGGUUCACCUUUGAGUAUGCAGCCAAGCAGACACAGAGAUCAGUCUCAGAGUAUAGAGGAAGUGACCUGGGAACCACGUCAUCAGGAGGACCACCAGAAGAGUUGGCUACUGCCAGUGGCCCAGACGGGAAGGAGAACUACAGAACGGAGAUCCAAAUUUUCCCUACCCCACCUCCUGGGUCUGAGAUGAGAAGUCAGGAACUACCCCCAGGAAGGGCUCCUAGUCCCAGUGCCCUGGCCUCGGGGUAUUCUAAGCCCCUGACAGGCAUCCCACCAGAGAAGUUCAAUCACACAGCCAUCCCCAAGGGUUACCAGUCUCCAUGGCAAGAGUUCAUCGACUAUAAAGAUGGAUACAAGGACUAUUACAAGGAUCCCCUAAACCACACACCCUGGCCCUCAGACUACAGGAAUUUCAACAAGACACCGGUACCAUUUGGAGGACCCCUCAUCUCUGAGACAUUCCCCAAAACAGAUACACCCCUCAUCCCAAAAGAGCCCAUAAGUGGCCUGGAUCUCCUAAGCUACAGACCUAGUUUCAACCGAGUAGCCCAAGGCUGGGUGCGGUCCCUUCUGGAGUCUGAGGAACUGUGACUUGAUAUUAAUUCCUGUAUUUCUACUGCUUUGCUUUAUUAGCCUGUUAGUAGGCACAGAGAUAAUGUACUAACACUGGUUACACAUGCCAGUAGUUCUGCCACAGGUCACAUUCUGAAUUCUGCAUAAGUGAAAUCCAAAUCUACCUCUGAUAUGAGAGAGAUCCAUAUACUUUGGGUCCUAUCCUACUCUCAAACAGGUUCUUAUGGGCCCCAGCAAAGUAGGAAAAGGAGGGAAAGAAAGUUAGUCUAAACAAAAUAGUGCUAAUCAAUGAUAGCCCAAGCCUUGCCUUAGUGGGCUAUUUUAAAAACUGUAGCACAAUGCUCAAGAAAGAUGUUACUCUUAUAGCAAAGCAGCUUUAAAAAUUCUUCCAUAAGUAUGCUGUGAGAUCACUGUGGGUGAUGGAAUGACCUAAGCCCAUAGGACAAAGAAAAUCUCUCAUUGAUGUAUCAACCUUCUUAAUGGGCCAAAUCUGUCAGGUGAACUUUACCUCCCUUUCCCCCUGGCAAGAAGCAGUAUUUGAUUUCAGCAUUUGUAGUUAAAUGGGAGAGUGAUUCCCAGGCCCUACUGCAGAGGAAGCAUGAACAGAAGUCCAUUCUUGCAGGUGCUUCUGUACCUUCACUGCAUUUUACUGUAAUGGAUCAGGAAGUUCUAUGCUUAGCUCUGUAUUUAAAAUAGCAGUUCUUUUCCUAUGAAGUGGAGACCAAUUAUUAAAAUACAUGUCACAUGUUGGGGAGACAGAAAGGGUAAAAGGGAGAAAGGCUUAUGUGUAACUUAUGCUGGUAUUGAGUUAUACUAGUAAAAAGUGACAGAGCAGCAAAAUUCAUCCACUGAGAGACUGAGACACUAAAUAGUUAGAUGUUGGUUCUUAAGUCUGACUGUAGCAAUAUAACUAGAAAAAGGCCUAGGAAGACAAUUAGCUUUUGUGCAAGCAUAUGCUGCCUUUGGUUAGCACAGUUUACUAAUUAAUGCCAGUGGACAAAUUCUAUUGAUUCUCUGACCCAAUGGCCUCUUUAACAUUCAAGGGGAAGAAUUUCGACAGUAUCCUGGCUAAGGCAGAAAGGAAAUUCAAUCUCCUCUACACCAAACAGCACAUAUGCGUAACUCUCUCGGUGUUGGAUCACAGGUGUGUGGAGGCCGUUUUGUUCAGCUCUGAGCUUCUCUUUCUUUAGGCUAAGGAAGAGUCUCAUUAGAAAAAAAUCCAAUAUACCCAUCUAAACGAAAAUCUCAUAGCAUUUUAAAGAAAUACAAACUUGAGAGACUUUAGUCCUACUAGUUACUUAAGAAUAUACAUCUUGCCAGGUAAAAAUAAGGUGUUGGGUGGAGCACAGAUGCAAACCUCAAUUUAUAGGUGAAACAAUAUUAUCCAUUCAACACACCUGAAACCCAACUGAGAUUUUUAACCAAAGGCUCUGGAGAGAAAAGUACAUGAUGCUCCCUUUAAACAACCCAGUUUACAACUACUACACAAUCUGUUUAGACUAAGAGGAAGCCAAUUAUUAGUAAGUAGGCUUUAUAACUGCCACAUUGGUAUAUCCUAGGUUUUACCUAGAAAAUGGGGAAAAGAAUCCCUUCCUUACCUUCCUCACAGUGGUGUUUCAUGAGGAUAAAAUCCAAGCAGAGUUGAAGAUGCCUUGAAAAGCAAGAAAGUGCUAUAUAAAUGCAAAGGGUUACACUAUUUCACUUCAGAAAUG